AUGGUGAAAGAAACCAAGUACUACGAAAUCCUAGGGGUUUCAGUCAAUGCUACAGAAGCGGAGUUGAAGACUGCCUACAAAAAGGGUGCUUUGAAACAUCAUCCGGACAAGAACGCACACAACCCCGAAGCCGCCGAAAAGUUCAAGGAUUUAUCACACGCGUACGAGAUCUUGUCGGACCCACAGAAGCGCGAGCUGUAUGAUCAAUAUGGCGAAGAAGGGUUAGAACAAGGCGGCGCUGCGGGCGGCAUGAAAGCAGAGGAUCUUUUCGCUCAGUUCUUUGGCGGUGGCGGAGGCUUUGGCGGCAUGUUCGGUGGUGGAAUGAGAGAUACCGGCCCGAAGAAAGCAAGAACCAUUCACCACGUCCACAAAGUUUCCCUAGAAGACAUCUACCGCGGCAAGGUCUCCAAAUUAGCCCUCCAGAAAUCUGUCAUCUGUCCAGGAUGCGAGGGACGAGGAGGAAAAGAAGGUGCAGUAAAGCAGUGCCAUGGCUGUAAUGGUACCGGUAUGAAGAUCAUGAUGCGCCAGAUGGGACCGAUGAUCCAGCGUUUCCAGAGUGUGUGCUCAGACUGCAAUGGUGAAGGAGAAAUGAUUCGGGAUAAAGACCGUUGCAAGCGCUGCAGUGGCAAGAAAACUAUUGUUGAGAGGAAAGUUCUUCAUGUUCACGUUGACCGAGGUGUCAAGAACGGCCACAGAAUCGAUUUCCGCGGGGAGGGCGACCAAGUGCCAGGAGCAUUGCCUGGUGACGUAGUAUUCGAAAUCGAGCAAAAGCCGCACCCGCGAUUCCAACGAAAAGACGAUGAUUUGUUUUACCAAGCUGACAUCGACCUCCUCACCGCGCUCGCUGGAGGCACUAUCAAUGUUGAGCAUCUUGACGACCGAUGGCUGUCUAUUAAUAUUGCACCUGGCGAGCCCAUCACACCUGGUGCCAUCAAGGUUGUCAAGGGCCAAGGCAUGCCUUCUUACCGCCAUCAUGACUUUGGAAAUCUUUAUAUCCAAUUCAACGUGAAAUUCCCAAAGUCAGAGGACCUUCGAAAUCUGGACCUGCUCGAACAAGUUCUACCACCGCGUCUCGAGCAACAACAAACUCCAUCAGAUUCCAUGGUAGAAGACUUCGAACUGGAAGAUGUCGACGAGAGCUCCCAGGCCCGUGCGCAUGGCGCGGCAGGAUAUGACGACGAAGACGACGAUGGCGUGCCACCCGGCGCAGAACGAAUGCAGUGCGCAUCACAAUAA